CUUGUCCAAAUUUGGCCUUUCACUUCCACUGCUCGCUGCGAGAUCGCUGCCUCAGCCUGGCCCUCUAUAUACAAAGCUUUUCCGCGUCCGCUCUGCAACUAAGACAGCCUCACCAGCCCACAGCCUUCCCUUUAGCCACAAUCUUCUCAACGGCUAUAGCUUGUCAAACAUGGUCAACAGCCUGCUCUUCCGCUGGGAAGAUAGCCAGGCUCUGCAACACCAUUGCGGUUUCUGUGAACGGCCCCUCUCCCACCCUGGAGCUCGAGCCAGCUGCUUCGGUACGCAUAGUGAGCCAUGUCACCGCUUCCAUCAGGCAAUGUUCAUGCGUAAUCGCGCUCACAUGUGCAACUACUGCACCACUAUCGAUGAAGCGCACUACAAGCGGCACCAUGAGCUUGUCAUCCAGUUGCGGAAGAUCUACGAAAGCUGCGGUGAAGCAGACUGGACUAUCCCACCUGUAGAACCUGACGACAUUAGAAGAAGCCAUUCUUAUGACUUGCACCCAACCGCUUGCGACAAUGGAGCAGAUAGUCUUGCGCCAGACGAGACGCCGAUCUCAAAACGUGAUCGAAAAGACGCCAAGUCGUUGGCUCGUGCUGCAAACAGAGUGAAAGUCGUCACGCAGGACGAGAUAAGAUACGUCGAAUCGGUUCUCCACUCUGCUGAGGGUGUCUCUGGCGGUGAAAGCACGAGUCCUGCCAAUCUCGAGGAACUGCAGCUGAUUGAAGAACAACUGCGCUACAACGCAAACGUCUACAAUCUUUCGAGCCAUCGUGAUCUCAAAAGAUUUGCCAAGAUUCCAGACGUGGAAGUCGACUUUGACGGAGAGAUGGAGAGAGUCCUUGCUACGUUUCGCAUUACUGAACUUGUUAAGCGCAACGUUAAGAAUCGCGGGUUACAAGGUAAGGAUCUGACCAUCUUUGAGAACUUGGUCGAGACUUUCAAAAGCGCUGUUGUCGAAGACUUGGUACUUGUCAAGAAAGACAUGAUGGAAGUUCAGAUGCGCCGUGCAGGCUAUUUACGCUACACCAGCAAAGCCGCAUAUAACAUUGUCGAAGACCGGUAUACCGACAAAGACUGGAAAACAGGCGAGCGUAUUACGGCCUCGAAUAGCGACUCCAGUGGCCUUGAUUCGCUUGUAGGUGAGCCUGCUAUACCAUACGAAUGCGAGCCUACGAUUCCCUCGUUACCUGUUCUACCUUCCGUCAAAGGUCCCGAUCAACGCCAUCUACUGCGCGUCCACACCCGUAUCAGCGGAGAUGACGGUCUCGGACAGAAGGUCAUCGAGCCCUAUCACACGCCCUUAUUACCGCUCGCCCCAAAGCAGGCCAUGAGAAAGCCUGCUGUCUUACAGCUGAAGGUGGUCGAAAACAAAGAAAACCAGAUUCCUGCUGGUAUGACUAACCGUGGGUGGUUACGGCGCGGCGUGACAAGGCAAUCAUCUUCCAAGAAACAUCUGCGGACGUCAGAGGAGGAGCAUCUAUCUCAUUCAGCACUAUCAGAGAAGCCUUUCGCAUCAAGCGAGACCAGACCCAUGAGUAAGUCGACGUGGGGAAGUUCUGAAGCCUUGACCCAAGGCUCUAUGGCCGAGCGUGCCACAGAACAUGAAGAGGUGUCUGCUGCUCCACAUGAGCGCGUGGAGCCGCUCAAGCGUGUCGCAGCAAGAUCCAGUGCACCUGCCGUGCAGCUUCCUAUGGAACAUGAGAACGUUGGUCUUCAAGGUCCAGAAGGUGCGAUCUCACCGAAUCAUGACACUCGAGACGCGCACCCGGUAGUUUCUCAGAAGAAGGCAAAGAAGGCUCAGCGUGAGGCUAAGCGCAAAGCUAAAAAGGUCAGUAUCCCCGAGGAGACAGCCAAUCCUACAGCGGUAGACCCCGUUGGCCUUGGGGUGACGGAGCAAGUCUUCCGUGAGACUUUGCUUGAUGCUCCUUUGGCCAAAUAUACGUCUCAUGCUAUGGAAGAUGUGUCUCCGCUACGCUCUAGCUCUCUUUCGAGAGAUCUGGCCGACGGCGACAAAGAUAAUACGGAUACUGGACUUGUAGCGAAGCAGAACAACGAUCCUGGGUUCCCGAUCGAGUUGACACCGCCGACCAUACUACACACGACUCAUGGGAAGCAUAAUCACUGGGCGCGUUUCUCUAGUGCUUUUAUUGUCGACCGGUUGACUAGCCCGCUGCUUCAGUCUCUCGAGGCCUGCUCACCUGGGUCAUCCUGCCUUUUCGAGAGCCAUGGUGUACUUGACUGUCCAUUCCAUGAGCCUCGCUGUGAUUGUGGAGAUCCUUUGCUAAUCCAAUGCUACCUGAUGCAUCCUGGCAAGGAACUGUAUACCUCAGGACCGUACAACCAGGCUCACGGCAAGAGGCUACUAGCCAUGUACGAGCAGCAUGACAUCACCAAAGGUAGACUCAUGCUCGUCGACGAGGAUCUUGUUUCGUAUCUCUUGGAUCGCAACAGCAGUCCUGACCAGCCGGAUCCUACUACCAUGCCUACUCGUCUUCUACGCGAGCACUUCGAAUCUCUAAAUGGCUACGGAUGCGGUCCGCUCAUGCAGACAGAGCUGGAAUUCGAGCGUCGUCUGGCCAAAGACGUAUCUAUUGGGCGUCCACUCACUUCAAAGAUUCUCCAGAACAUUCAGGGUAAGCACUCCGGUCUCAAGGGUUCCAGGACUCUAUGUUAUUGCCAAGUCGAGGUGUUACCUCACGUUCGUGACAUGAACAAAGAGUUCGGUAAGGACUUUGUAAGUUGCUCGUAUCGGAGGUGUGAAUUUGGCGGUGUAUUCCACACGCGCUGUGUCAAGAAGCUGGGCUCUGAGAAAGUCAGUCGAUGGUACUGCACCUCUUGCGAGAAGCAGAUGAAGGUCUUGGCCUGUCGGACUUUGAAAGUUCCGGGCAACGAAAAGGCUGCGACCUUCGAUGGCACAGUGGGGCAACUAGCAAAGGUGUUUGCUGCAGAGAUGGUUACGAACCGCCCAAAGCUGAACUCACACUUUUGAGGAGCCUCGCGGUGGUGAGCCGCGUGGUGAUGUGUGGAUCAAGCACGGCGGGUUAAGGUGAACAAUGUGGAGCGGUGCCGAGAUGCAGGACCACACUGAGGUGCGGGAUCUUCCAAAAAUUUGUAAAGUAAUAUGU